AUGGAGAAUUCUGAAGAAAUUUUGUUUAACUCACCUGCCCAAGACGAUUUGGUCGUUGGAGAUCAGUUGUCCGUUCUGAAAGGCUAUGGGGCAUAUGGCAUUGUUGGUGCUGUUAUUGUUGCCGUCCUUACACCUGUCUUGCUGUCCACUAUUUUCACGGGAAAGAAAAGGGGGAAGCAAAGGGGAGUUCCAGCGGAAGUUGGUGGCGAGGCAGGUUACGCAAUGCGCAAUGCUCGGGUAACUGAGUUGAUUGAAGUUCCUCAGAAAGGAGCCACAACUGUGGCAGCCCUGUUUGAGCUAUCCUGUAAAAAGUAUUCACAGAAUCAAUUUCUUGGAACAAGGAAGUUUAUUGGAAGGGAAUUUGUCACAGCUAGCGAUGGAAGGAAGUUUGAGAAGCUUCACUUGGGAGAUUAUGAAUGGCAAACUUACGGAGAAGUGUUUGAUCGUGCUUGCAGCUUUGCUUCUGGGCUUAUUAAUCUAGGUCAUAAUGUGGAUAGCCGUGCUGCAAUUUUUUCAGAUACCUGCGCAGAGUGGUUGAUAGCCUUUCAGGGAUGCUUCCGGCAGAAUAUUACUGUUGUUACUAUUUAUUCUUCACUAGGAGAGGACGCCCUAAUUCACUCCCUCAAUGAGGUAUCGACAUUGAUCUGUGAUGCCAAGCAGUUGAAAAAGCUGGCUGCAAUAAGCUCAAGCCUAAACACCAUUCAAAAUGUUAUUUAUUUUGAAGAUGAGGGAAGUUCAGAUACUAGCAUAUCUGGAAGUAUAAGCAAUUGGAAAGUUGCAUCCUUUUCUGAAGUUGAGAAGCUUGGACAGAAGAGUACGGUUCAUCCAAGGUUACCUUCCAAAAUGAUAUUGCUGUUGUCAUGUAUACAAGUGGCAGUACAGGGAGUCAUGAUAACUCAUGGGAACAUUGUAGCCACUACUGCAGCUGUUAUGACAGUGGUUCCAAGUCUGGGUAGCACUGAUGUAUACUUGGCGUAUUUGCCCCUAGCUCAUGUAUUCGAAUUGGCUGCUGAGUCUGUGAUGCUGGCUGCAGGUUGUUCAAUUGGUUAUGGUUCAGCAUUGACUUUCACAGACACUUCAAAUAAAAUUAAGAAAGGAACCAAGGGAGAUGCAACUAUGUUAAAGCCAACCAUCAUGACAGCAGUUCCUGCUAUUUUAGAUCGUGUUCGAGAUGGAGUUCUGAAAAAGGUUGAGGAGAAAGGUGGGCUAGCAAAGAAUCUUUUUAACCUCGGAUUUAGACGGCGACUGGCAGCUGUAGAAGGAAGCUGGUUUGGGGCUUGGGGUUUGGAAAGGAUGGUGUGGGAUGCCGUUAUCUUCACAAAGAUACGCUCAAUACUCGGAGGACGCAUUCGCUUUAUGCUUUGUGGUGGUGCUCCAUUGUCUGCUGAGUCACAGCGGUUCAUCAAUAUCUGCAUGGGGGCUCCUAUUGGGCAAGGAUAUGGCUUGACAGAAACAUUUGCUGGAGCUACAUUUUCUGAGUGGGAUGACACAACAGUGGGCCGUGUUGGCCCACCUCUUCCUUGUGGGUACAUUAAGCUUGUUUCUUGGAAAGAAGGAGGAUACUUGGCAUCUGACAAGCCUAUGCCUCGUGGGGAGAUUGUAGUCGGGGGAUUUAGUGUAACUGCUGGUUACUUUAAGAAUCAAGAAAAGACUGAUGAGGUGUAUAAGGUUGAUGAGAAGGGCAUGCGCUGGUUUUAUACGGGUGACAUUGGAAUGUUUCAUCCUGAUGGAUGCCUUGAAAUUAUAGAUAGGAAGAAGGAUAUCGUUAAACUCCAGCAUGGAGAGUACAUUUCCCUUGGAAAGGUUGAGGCUUCGUUACAAUCAAGUAAUUACGUGGAUAAUAUUAUGGCAUAUGCAGAUCCCUCCCACAACUACUGCAUAGCUUUAGUUGUCCCCGCACGUCAGGCCCUCGAGAAGUGGGCCCAAGAAGCUGACAUCAAAUACAAUGAUUUUUCUGAGCUGUGUGGAAAAGCUGAAACAGUCACUGAGGUUCAGCAAUCCCUCUCCAAGGUAGCAAAGGCAGCAAAAUUGGACAAGUUUGAAACUCCUGCAAAGAUUCAGUUGCUGGCCGAUCCAUGGACACCCGAGUCUGGAUUGGUUACUGCUGCUAUGAAGAUUAAGAGGGAACAGAUCAAGUCCAAGUUCAAAAAUGAGCUGCAGAAGUUGUAUGCGUGA